UCUUUCGGCAUCCACAGUGGCCGUCCGAACGUCCUCAUGUCGAAUAGGCAUUAUUUGCAUCAUACAUCGAUUGCUCUGUUUAUCGUCUUGAACAUCUCUCAGGAGCUUGAUCUUGAUUGGACCAUGUACUAUGUCACCCUUGGACGAUCUCGAUUGGAAAAGUUAUAAACAUCCGCAAAAGGACCGAGGUGGAAAGUUCGAAACACUUCAAGCCACCGAAGAAAAAUGCUCUCAAGCCUACUUACUACAGCUAUGCUCAUUACUCAAUAUUUUCCUCAAGACGUCCUGGUGGUCGGCAAUAGAUGGCCCAUGCUGACGUUUUGGUUGAUCUACUUUCUCGCGUUGGCUGGACGAGAUAGACCGCGGAUAUGCGUAUUUCGGCAAGCGCAGAUGGAUGUCCAAGCCUAUUUACACGCUUGCUUAAAGGCCAUGUUCGUCAGACUUCACUGUAACUUUUCCUCAGUUUUCAUCUUUCUCCCCCUCCCUGUACUUUUAGCGAUUCUUUCUCUUUUUCUUUCUCAUCCGCGUGGAUACCCUUUUUGCAUUGGCAUGUCUUUUGCCGUUGUAUUCAUUGUAUACCGAUACAGUGGAAGCGAUGUAGAUGCCUGGAUAUAGGGUGGCAUUUCAUAAGGAAUAUAUAUGCAUCUAUCAACCGACCUUUCAUAUUAAAUAUCCUACUACUGCAAAUGGCAUGAACGUGAAGUGUACCUGUGACGCGUCCC